AUUUUCCGUGGGUCAAACUCGUGUUAAUAAUGGUUCUCGAGAAGUUGGGCAAUAAGAACUCGGUAACUUCAACGAACGAACUGAGCGUGGCUAUGUCUCGAGCAAGUCUUUCGGUGGGUGCCGAUAACGAAGUGACAAAUGACGCGACAGAUGUCAAAAGAGACUUCGAGAUGGCGAUUAGAAGAAACAAAUCCACCGGGCAUUUGCCGAGUGCAAAUUUCGUGGAAAUGAAAAUUCUUGUACUCUACACGGGUGGCACUAUCGGCAUGGUCAGAACCGAGAACGGAGUUUUGGCACCUCUUGCGAACGCUUUCGUGAAGAACCUGAGGACGUAUCCUCAACUGCACGACCGCAUUUAUGCAGAAGAGAGAUUCGGGGGUAUGGGGCCGUUGGUCUUACCGAUGGGCGCUACCGACAAAAGGCGAGUCAUUUACAACGUGUUGGAAUAUUCGCCGCUUUGCGACUCCAGCACCAUGACGAUGGAUCACUGGAUUCGCAUCGCCAUGGACAUUAAAGAAUCGUAUGUCCACUUCGACGGGUUCGUUGUUUUACACGGAACCGACACGAUGUCUUACACGGCUUCAGCCCUUUCCUUCAUGCUGGAAUCUCUUGGAAAAACCGUCAUCAUAACGGGCUCUCAAUUACCAAUUUUCGAACCCAGAGGCGACGGAAUAGGCAACUUUCUCACGUCAUUGAUGAUUGCCGCGAGUUAUGACAUACCUGAAGUCUGCGUGUUCUUCGGCUCGAAGCUGAUGCGUGGAAAUCGAACAUCGAAAUUGUCCACAGCGUCUUUCGAUGCUUUCCACUCACCUAAUGCUCCGCUUCUAGCCACGGCAGAGAUGCGGAUACAAGUCGACUAUCGAUCGAUUUUCCGACCAUGCACGUUAGAGAAGUUCCACGUCCACACAAGCCUCAACAGAAACGUCGGCCUUCUUCGAUUAUUCCCAGUCAUUACUUCGUACUUGGUAAAGGCGUUCUUACAGCCUCCCAUAGAAGGCGUGGUUCUGCAGUGCUAUGGCGCUGGAAAUGUGCCAGAAAACCGAGAAGACAUUAUAGCUGAACUCCGAACUGCCAUCAAGCGUGGAGUCAUCAUCGUAAAUAUCACCCAAUGCACGCAAGGAGGAGUUUCCAACAUCUACGAAACUGGGAAGAUUUUGUCCGAUAUUGGUGUGAUUUCGGGAUUUGACAUGACGCCGGAGGCUGCUCUGACGAAACUGGCUUAUGUCCUCUCUAAGCCUGACUGGGACUUGGAGACGAGACGCUCGAUGAUGCUGACGAACCUAAGGGGCGAAUUCACAGAAACGUGUCCUCCAUCCGUGAGAGAAUCUGAUCCUUUCCACACGAUAGCGAGGUCUCUCCGCCUGACAUCACCGAGCGAACUCCGAGAAUUGGGCUCUAUCCUGUUUCCUGCUAUGCUGAAUGCCGCCGCCGUAGCCCGCGAUGUAGCCAAGCUCAAGAUCCUGAGAAGCUAUGGCGCGGACGUUUCUCACGCUGACGCGGACGCACGUACUGUUCUGCACAUCGCUUGCUCCGAGGGAGACGCAGAGAUCGUGCGAUGUCUCCUCGAGAUGGGAGCAAAUGUUCACACGAAGGACAAAUUUGGUCGCACUCCACUCACCGAUGCGGUUGAAUUCGACCGACACGAAGUGAUCGAAGUAUUGCUGAAAUGCGGUGCUCAUCUGCACGGAAGCGCGCGUCUGAUCGGGGAGAAAAUGUGUUCUGCAGCUGCGGCAGGAAAUUUGAAGCGACUUCGCUCUUAUCAUCUCGCAGGAGCAGAUCUUUCGCAGGAAGACACUUCAGGAAGAACGGCGCUGCACUUAGCGGUGCUUCACGAUCACGUACAGGUCGCUCAAUUCCUGCUGGAUCACUGUGCGGAUCCGCAAGCUACGGAUAUGGUCGGCCACACGCCUUUCGAUCUCGCCGAACUCGCAAAAUCUGACGAAUGCGCGAAAUUAUUAGAGAUAUCGACGAUGAAAUGUGGAUGAUUGAAGAAAACGAUUUAUUAUAAUAUAAAUAGUAAAUUUAUAACCUCUGUAUUCCUGGAUUAUUGAAUGUAGCCCAGCGUGAACGAGGUCUACAAG